CUCGACUCUAACCCACCACCUGCACACAACUAUGGCUCCCUCUAGUCCUCCCAUUGUUCCAGUAUCGGUCCUCGAACAAAAAUACCCGGGAGACCCGUACUUCACGCAUACCGACGACCCGCUUCAUAAUCUCGUUGACUCCAUCGCUACCACCUUAACGUACAACGGCCGUGUCUUGAAAGAACUUGCACGGGUUACUUUCGAUGAUGAUGUCGAUAAUUCGACUCUGGAUAGACGCUCCGGCGAGAUCUGUGAAUAUCUCAAGUCACACUUCCCGGAUGUCAAGUUCGUCGCCUGCGCCGACCCCAAGACCCACGCCUGGCACAAUCGCGACGGGGAGGCCCAAGAUAGACGGAGUGUAAAACAUACAAUCUUCGUCAACUUCUCCCUUUACAGCUCCCUCAACCACGCCCUUACCUGCGGGGUGCCACGCGAGGGCUUAUACGCUGAUCCCCACUAUAAACAGGUUCUCUCCUUCCUCCUCCGUGUCUGUCUUCUCCACGAGUUAGGGCAUAUAGUCCGCACUAUCUUUGGCUCUAAGCCGACUCCUCCCAAAUAUUCUUUAUUAUCGAACGCAUCCAACGGAGAGGCGGGAUUCCAUGUGGAGAGAGGGGUUUUAGGCGGGGUUGUAGUACUUGGUUAUCACACCGAACGCGCUGACAAGUCGUUCGUCCGCGAGUGGGGGAACAUUGUAGGCAUUGGUUUUCGCCAACCAGACGGUGAGGUUCGAUGGCUCUCACGGGCCCAACGUGAACAUCCCCUUUGGGCCAUCUUCAAAAAUGGAGUAAUCGACCGCGUGAUUGACCAUGUAGAAUCACUCCCCACCGAGAUGAGGGAUUGUCCUCUGGACGCGGUGGGGCGUUUGAGCUCUGUUAAUUCCACUUCAACAUCCGGUGAUCCUUGCGGCAGCGUUCGCAACAAGCCCGACGACAUCAUCGACGCUGUUGAACCCGCGUCUCCUUCCCCCGGUAUUCAUCCGACAUCCUCAACUACGUCGUUGCUGUGUUUGCCCAGCUCUGCGCCGCUCACAAGUAAGUUUUUGGGCCUGCCAGGUGAAGACAAGUCUACUCCGGACGUGAUAUAUACUAGUUAG